AUGGAGAUCGCGGAGCUGCUGCUGCUGCUCAUGCUGUAUGACGCGGCCUGGUCAGGGGAUUGGAGCCGCAUCGGAGCUAUUACCAAGGACACGGAGCUGCUGCUGCAGAAGCUCUCACUCGUCCCGCUCAUCGGCCACGUGGUCACAGCUGUGGGGGCCGGCGUCCUCGCCAGCCGCAAGGGCAAGAGCCCCGUUGUCCCUGCAAUCAAGGGCUACCUUUUUGGCGCGCUGGGUCUGUACGAGGAGCAGUACUCGCGAUGA